CAGGCAGAAUGAAUGGUGAUGUUCUCAUGAAUAAAAAUGAUUAUUUUCAAAUUUUUUUUUAGUUUAAAAUUUACAACAUGUUAUACGCUAUAAAAAUAUUGUUUAUACUUGGAGUAUGUUUCUCUGUUUCGUGUUUGGCAAAGCCGGGAAAAGGAAAGAGUAAAGGAAAGGGAAAGCAUUGUCUCUACAAUCCAUGUCCGCGAGGCAAAAUAUGCCACAUAAACGGAAAAUGCAUCGGUAAACCUUUUCCUUUGCCGCAUCCUUGCGCAAACAAAUACUGCCCACCUAAAAAAGUUUGCAAACUUGGAAAAUGCGUUUGCGAAACAGGUGUGGAAAUCGCUGGAAAAUGCUUGCUACUGCCAAGGUAUUGCCCGUAUGUUCCUUGUGGAAAAGGGAAAAAAUGUUUCAAUGGAAAGUGCAUUGAUUCUGACUCGUGUUAUAUUCACGGAUGCAACCCAGGCAAAGUUUGCAAAAACAAUGUGUGCGUAUGCAGAACUGGAUAUGACUACAACGGAAGAUGUUCUCGAUGCCCAGUUCCGAAAAUUCCCAAGCGAUGCCCAACGAGUUGCCCGGCGACUUGUAAAAACCCAAAACCUUCAUAUUGCACAAAAGAAUGUGACCUCAGCAGAAAAUGUGUAUGUCCUCCCGGUUUGGUACAAAUCAGCAAAUCUAAUGAUAAAUGCGUUCGACCAAGCAGUUGCAAAAGAAGUUGUGGCAACAAAAUUUGCCCCGCCGGUUUCAAAUGUCUUGCUGGAUUAUGUGCACGUCUUGUAGUUUCAUUAUGUCCAUAUAGCUGUCCGACAAAUAAACACUGCGUUGGUGGACUUUGCGUAUGCUUGCCUCCUUACUUCUCGUAUAACGGACGGUGCAUAAAACCUUGUUGGAACAAUCACUGUCCUCUGCACAGUUCUUGCUACAACGGAAAGUGUGUUUGUCACGCUGGAUACAUGAAACAUGAAGGAAGAUGUUAUGCUAUACCAACAUGUGACAGAAUCCAUUGCCCAUAUGGAUACUAUUGCACAAAGGGAAAAUGCAUACCAAGCUGUACAGCAGUCCACUGUCCACAUGGGCAUUCUUGCAAAAAUGGAAAGUGCAUACCGGUGAGUUGCGACACAAUAAGCUGCCCACAUGGACACAUCUGUGAAUAUGGACAUUGCAAACCGGUGAGUUGCGACACAAUAAGCUGCCCACAUGGACACAUCUGUGAAUAUGGACAUUGCAAACCGGUGAGUUGCGACACAAUAAGCUGCCCACAUGGACACAUCUGUGAAUAUGGACAUUGCAAACCGGUAACUUGCGACACAAUAAGCUGCCCACAUGGACACAUCUGUGAAUAUGGACAAUGCAAACCAAGCUGCUCAGCAAUUCACUGUUCAUACGGGCAUACUUGCAAAAAUGGAAAGUGCAUACCGGUAACUUGCGACACAAUAAGCUGCCCACAUGGACACAUCUGUGAAUAUGGACAAUGCAAACGAAUCUGUCCGAGCUUCAAGUUGUACACUGAUUGCGCAACCAGUUGCCCGAAAACUUGUGAUAAUCCUAAUCCAUCAAUUUGUACAACUGUAUGCCGACCAGGCGUACAGUGUGUUUGUCCUGAUGAUAUGUAUGAAAAGGGCGGUUCAACAGGAAUUUGCGUUGCAAAGACCCAAUGUAAAAGAUAUUGUGGAUGGAAAUGGUGUCCCCCACACAGCAUAUGUGCUGGUGAUCGUUGUAUAUGCACUGGUCAGGGUCCACAUUUUGGGUGUGAAUAUUGAUCAAUUUGUGAAGUACACAAUUUCAAGGAUGCUUGUGGCAUACCCAUUGACUAUAACUAUUUUAGUUAUAGAUUCUGUAUUUUAUGUCCGAUGCUUAAUUCCUUAUGAACUUCUUUUUGAAAGCUGAUUAAUUUUUUCUGUGUGAUUUACAGUUUGAAUUUGGAUAAAUGUACCACUAAAUAAAUUCUGAGAGCGCA